UAGGAUUGGCAGCUUGUGCACUUCUAUAGCAACCCCAGUCUGUACCUAGGUUUGGGCAAAGUGUGACAGAAUGGCACUUGCUCAUGUCUUGAUCCUAAUUUUUACGGUACUCACCGUUCCUGAUACGUUUGCCACGGUGCAACGUGCUCGCCAGGCUGACACCAGCGAUCCAUGGACAUGGCUAACAAUUACUACAACUAUAUCACCUUGCCCGUACGGCCCUACCUUUAACCCUACAGCGGAGGGUUGUUACGAGUGCACGUGUGGCAGUACCGGUUAUGAGAACUGCCGGUGCAUAUGUGGGUGUGACUGCGCACCAUGUGUCGAUGCCGCGUACAUUACCAGCAGGUGCUGCACGACUUGCCCAUACGGUCCCUGCUCUGAUUGUUACUGUGAUGAUGAAGGUCAGGCGCAAUGUAUGACUAUUAGUGCCUGUGCCUGCCCGCCAUGUGUGGAUGAAGUUGUUUAUCCCAACGACUGUUGCCCAAGUUGCCCGAACGGUGAAAACUGUUACGCAAUGGGGACCAUCAUCCCAGCCGGUACAGAUGUCCAGGUGAACGGCUACACCUGCCGCUGUCCUGACCCCUCCGGGUUUCUGUUUGGCCGUCAUGAGCGGUCAGUUCGGAAGGCACUUGGGUACGAUUGGCCCGAUGGUGGCUGUAACCAAUUGGAGGCUACCUGCACCAUGACGACAUUGCCGCCAUCCACAACUACAACUAUGCCUGAAACGACAGUUGCCGGUUGUAUCAGCUCGUACGAUGGACAGUGGUACCCGCCAGGUUCUGGCAUGCCUUCAGGCAGCCCCUGCUCUGAUUGUUACUGUGAUGAUGAAGGUCAGCCACUAUGUAUGACUAUUAGUGCCUGUGCCUGCCCGCCAUGUGUGGAUGAAGUUGUUUAUCCCAACGACUGUUGCCCAAGUUGCCCGAACGGUGAAAACUGUUAUGCCAUGGGGACCAUCAUCCCGGCCGGUAGAGAUGUCCAGGUGAACGGCUACACCUGCCGCUGUCCUGACCCGUCCGGGUUUCUGUUCGGCCGUCAUGAGCGGUCAGUUCGGAAGGCACUUCGGCACGAUUGGCCUGAUGGUGGCUGUAACCAAUUGGAGGCUACCUGCACCCAAUAAUCAUAAUUAUAAGAGCAAACUGGAGGUCUCUACAAGGGCGUUUAUCAUCCUUAGCAGCUGGACACAGUCUGAGAGGCUCUCCCCAUCACAACCAUCCCAACUCUAGUAACCGAAUGGAAUAAGUUGGAUUUGAA